AUGUCGACCACUACAGUAACUCACACCCAAAACGGCGAUUUUCACAGCUCCAUCCUCCGCGAUUAUGAGCUUCACCAUUCUCAAGCCCGCGAGGAAUCGCCUGAUUGCCGAACAUCGCCUGUAACGCACCCGGAGUUUGAUCUGCCGCAUCGUCGUGUGCCUGAGUACAGGCCGCUGAAUCGAGAUGAGGCGCAUGUUAAUGGCGUUCGCGUCUAUACGAGCCCGGCUGAGCGGUUCUUCAUCACUGCCAUGUUUCGAGGUCUAAGCGUUAAUGCUAAGGGCGCUGCUCAGUAUUGGAGAGCGUCAAUUGGGAAGUUUACGGACAAGGUUUGGAAAUAUCAGAUUGGAGGAGAGUUUUAG